GCAGCUCACACUGGGAGGAGGGGUGGAGGCUGGGCUGCCUCCUGGACCCCUGCCCCCUUGCCCUGCCUUUCAGGGCCAGGCAGCCUGGAUCCCCUGUUGGGCCGGGAACAAGAAGCACUGGCUGCCCUUGGAACAGAACCCAUCUAAACCCUAGGCCCUAUUGACACCUCCUCGUCUCCGCACCCCAGGCCGCUCUAGCUGGGAUGGUGAUGGCGGCUCCAGCAUUUCUCAGGGCCAUGGGGGGUCCAGCCCCACCAGGGGCAUCCUAGCCUCCCACAGCCCACCACCUGUGCGCCUGCCCCCUGCCCAUCUGAGGGCCACUCGCCAUGGGCGGCUGCUUCUCCAAACCUAAGCCAGUGGAGCUCAAGAUCGAGGUGGUGCUGCCUGAGAAGGAGCGGGGCAAGGAGGAGCUGUCAGCCAGCGGCAAGGGCAGCCCCCGGGCCUACCAGGGCAAUGGCACUGCCCGUCACUUCCACACAGAGGAGCGCCUGCCUGCCCCUCACCCCUACCCUGGUGCUCAGGACUGCGUGGAGGCUGCUGUCUGCCAUGUCAAGGACUUCGAGAAUGGCCAGAUGCGGGAAGUGGAGCUGGGCUGGGGGAAGGUGUUGCUGGUGAAGGACAACGGGGAGUUCCAUGCCCUGGGCCACAAAUGUCCACACUAUGGUGCACCCCUAGUGAAAGGUGUGCUAUCCCGUGGCCGGGUGCGCUGCCCCUGGCAUGGUGCCUGCUUCAACAUCAGCACUGGGGACCUGGAGGACUUCCCUGGCCUGGAUAGUCUGCACAAGUUCCAGGUGAAGAUUGAGAAAGAGAAGGUGUACGUCCGAGCCAGCAAGCAGGCAUUGCAGCUGCAGCGAAGGACCAAGGUGAUGGCCAAGUGUAUCUCUCCAAGUGCUGGCCACAGUGGCAGUACCAACGUGCUCAUUGUGGGCGCAGGUGCAGCUGGCUUGGUGUGUGCAGAGACCCUGCGGCAGGAGGGCUUCUCGGACAGGAUCGUCCUGUGCACGCUGGACCGGCACCUUCCCUAUGACCGGCCUAAGCUCAGCAAGGUACUCUGUUGCAAAAUGGAACAAUGCCGCCUAGCCUCAUCUCAAGCUGGCUGUCUCCUGCAGUCCCUGGAUGCCCAGCCUGAGCAGCUGGCCCUGAGGCCCAAGGAGUUCUUCCGAGCCUAUGGCAUCGAAGUGCUCACCGAGGCCCAGGUGGUCACAGUGGAUGUGAGAAACAAGAAGGUCGUGUUCAAGGACGGCUUCAAGCUGGAGUACAGCAAGCUGCUGCUAGCACCAGGGAGCAGCCCUAAGACCCUGAGCUGCAAAGGCAAAGAGGUGGAGAAUGUGUUCACCAUCCGGACGCCUGAGGAUGCCAAUCGUGUGGUGAGGCUGGCCCGGGGCCGAAAUGCAGUGGUUGUGGGAGCCGGCUUCCUAGGGAUGGAGGUGGCCGCCUAUCUGACUGAGAAGGCCCACUCAGUGUCUGUGGUAGAGUUGGAGGAGACACCCUUCAAGCGGUUCCUGGGGGAGCGCGUCGGCCGUGCCCUCAUGAAGAUGUUUGAGAACAACCGGGUCAAGUUCUACAUGCAGACAGAGGUGUCAGAGCUGCGGGCCCAGGAGGGAAAGCUGAAAGAGGUCGUGCUGAAGAGCAGCAAGGUGGUGCGGGCUGACGUCUGUGUGGUGGGCAUUGGCGCGGUGCCAGCCACGGGCUUCCUGAGGCAGAGUGGCGUCGGUCUGGAUUCCCGAGGCUUCAUCCCUGUCAACAAGAUGAUGCAGACCAACGUCCCAGGAGUGUUUGCAGCUGGCGAUGCUGUCACCUUCCCCUUGGCCUGGAGGAACAAUCGGAAAGUGAACAUCCCACACUGGCAGAUGGCUCAUGCCCAGGGACGUGUGGUGGCCCAGAACAUGCUGGCACAGGAGGCAGAGAUCAGCACCGUGCCCUAUCUGUGGACCGCCAUGUUCGGCAAGAGCCUGCGCUAUGCAGGGUACGGAGAAGGCUUCGACGACGUCAUCAUCCAAGGGGAUCUGGAGGAACUCAAGUUCGUGGCUUUUUACACCAAAGGCGACGAGGUGAUUGCCGUGGCCAGCAUGAACUACGAUCCCAUCGUGUCCAAGGUGGCUGAGGUGCUGGCCUCAGGCCGUGCCAUCCGGAAGCGGGAGGUGGAGCUGUUUCUGCUGCGCAGCAAGACCGGCGACAUGUCCUGGCUCACAGGCAAAGGAUCCUGAGCUUGCAUGCAGCAGACUUGGGCAGGCACGCUGGGGCACCAGGGACAGAGGCCAAGCCCUGGGGGCAGGUGCCAACCUCCAAUUUCCCAGGAUCCCCCAGGGCAGAACCUGAGCCCUCCCAGUGCUUACCAUUGGCUGCCUAGCUCACUUCCAGAGGCCUCUGCUGCUUCCAAGAGAUGCUCACCUCCCAAGGCCUCGACUGCCAGUGAUGGCUGGCAGUCGAGGCAGGACAGGCACCUGCCUCUUCUCCCUCUAUUGGAACUGGCCCCCUGUAGAACCCUGCAACAUAUUAGGCAUUAUCUUAAAAUUAAAACACACAUAUUUGCAGGUC